CUGUGUGUCGGUCCGCUCCGCGGGUUGAAGCUGCAGUUGCCCAAUGAGAAUUAUUUUUACGUUGAUUUUUAUGUUGGUGUCCAACAUGAACAUGAAAUGAACACACCAACAACAGACUUCGGAUGCCGGGGAUUUUUAUUUUAAGGGAGCAAGCGACUGAGCACGGAGCGGCAGCGCUGCAGAUGCGCACGGAGAAGACGCACAUGAGUGUGUUAUCUUCCUCUCUGCUCGCUCAGAUGAUUUGAACGCUGCUCUUACAGUUGAGGACAGAGGCUGGAGGAUUCUGCGUCCUGUCGCUUUGGAGGUCAACACAGAGGUCCGGUGAAGAUGCAGCGGAGGGAAGUGUCGCAUCUGUGGCUGAUGAUCCUCACUGUGGUAUCGGUAUCGGUCAGCGGAUUUCCUACGAACUCAAAGACGACUUCAGUCAGAGACACGAACAAUUCAGCGUCUCCUAGUGAGCUUUUAGCAAAGCAUGGUCAGGACGGCGUUCAGCAGACUCUCCGGGAGCUGCAGCAGGAGAACCUGCUCCAGACUCUGCCAUCUAGUCCUUCCCUUAGGUCCAGACACCACUGGUCCCAGCGCCAUCACCAGGGUGUCCUCCCCCCUCCUGAACCUGAGGAAGACCCUGAGCCCUUUAUCCUGGACCUGAAGAACUUACCAGAGCUGGCCAAUGCAGACAUGGGCUCACAGAACCCUAACAUCCAGGUGACCAUCGAGGUGGUGGACGACACCCAGACAGCGACGGAGGUGGAGAUGGACCUGGCCAAGGAAAGUCAGCGUAACGACUGGUCAGUGGUGUCCUCAGAAUGGGCCAGCAGCCACAAGAAGCUGUUCUGGCCACUGUUCUGGGAGUACCCGGAGCAAUCAGAGAACGGGUUGGGAAGAGCCAGUCUGGAGGAGCAGUCAGAGGAUUACAACUAUGACCCAGAGGAGCUCGUCCUCAGUGGAGUGGAGGGAGACUGGGGAGGCCACUGGAACAAAGAUUGGCAUGCCAAGGACAACUACGAGUAUGAGGAGGAGUGGAGCCCCUGGGCUCCCUGCAGCGUAACCUGUGGACACGGCACCCAGAAACGCACCCGUCCCUGUGGCUACGCCUGCACUGCCACUGAGUCACGCACGUGUGGCCUGGAGAGCUGUGCUGAAACUGUGAUUCCAGUGACUGUACUGACCCCAGUCCAGACCACCAACAGCACUGAUUUCCUGAACACAAAUGUAGACAGCUGUGAGAAGUGGCUAAGCUGUAAGAAUGACUUCCUCCAGAAGUACCUGCACCAGGUGCUCACAGAGCUGCCUAGCUGCCCCUGCUCCUACCCCUCUGAGGCUGUUUACAGCGCAGUCAAUAUCCAGGACACCAAACUUCACAAGACCUACCGUUGGAGGGAUGCAAGUGGACCCAAAGAACGUCUGGACAUCUACAAGCCUUCAGCCAGAUUCUGCAUCCGCUCAAUGCUGUCGUACGACAGCACAACGUUAGCGGCACAGCACUGCUGCUACAAUGAUCAGAUGAGACUGAUAACAAGAGGGAAAGGAGCUGGAGCACCAAACUUAAUCAGCACAGAGUUUUCACCAGAUCUGCAUUACAAGGUGGACGUACUACCUUGGAUCCUGUGCAAAGGGGACUGGAGUCGGUUUCACUCAGUAAGGCCGCCCAAUAAUGGGCUGGAGUGUGCAGUUAACCCACCUGAACAAGUGUUUCAGAUGGAACUUAAAGAAGCCAGGGAGUACUGACACUGUGGGAGUGUGGGGUCGCAACGGGGAGAGGAUGACAGCAGAUGGAAGCUGUGCUUUGUAAUUCAAAGCACAAUUUCUCCUGCAUAUCAUCAGCAUCCUGCAUGAGCACAAAGAACUGACCUGGAUUGUUAAUACAAUGUUUGUGUGAAAUGGUCCUUGCUCCAGACUGAGUAACUUUGGUUUAAAUAAAAGGACAUGACAUUCAAAUCAUAUAUAAAUAUGAAUAGAAGACAUGGACAACAAAGACUGGUGAAUAUUUUUAUACUUAUAUGUAGACUAUGUGUUGAGGAAUGAAAUAACACUGGUGCUAGAAAAUCAGUGCUGUUUUCAGCUGAUCCUCAUCCCUGUAUGUUGCUGCUACUCUGUUGGGAUGUGCUGAGAUAAAUGUCUGAUGGCACUUGUGUGCAGUGUGUGUUUGUAAGAGUGUGUGUGUGUGUGGGAGUGUGUGUUCGUGUGUGUGGAGGAUGAGCUUAUUUAUUGGCCCCUUUAAUCAAAUUUAGUGUCCCAUGAAAGAUUUCCUGUCAAGCUGCUAAACAGGGAAUAAAGUCAAAUGGACUAUUGGACAAUAAAAUGUCUACAUGUUCAUCUUUACAAAACAUCUGUACACAGUAGCUACAUGCCACAUGCUCCCACAGCAGGAAAACACACUGUUUUAUGUUACAUAUAAUGCAAAGUAAAACCUUGAGGUAAAAGUAACAUCAUCUGA